AUGGUCAAGCCUAAGGAUUCCCAAGACCGGGGAACCAUCAUAGGCCACUGUCCUAAUCUACAAUCCCUCAAAUUUGUAGACUAUAAUCUGACACCUGCAGAGUUUGACUAUCGAAUAUUUGGGAUCCAGUCAAUUAUACUACCAUCGCUGCAACAGUCUCUAUCCGCUUCCACCACCGAAGGUCAACAAGAAACUUUAGAGCCACCACAUCUUGAAACGGCUAGAAUCGUUUUCCAUGGGUCGGGCAGUUAUGUUCUACACUUGUAUCGAAAUGCCGCCAGAAAGAACCAUUUACGUCAAGCUUUCGAGUUCCCAAAAUUAACUAAAUGUUCGACUGGUGAUAUUGAGGUCAUUGACGAUGUCGGUAUUAGCUCUGGAACGACUUUUGAACGAGAUAACAACAACCAUACGGACACAUCUGACUUUCAUAUCAGCACUCCCCAGUAUUCCCUAAAAAGCCUUUCGAUUGCACCAGCUACAGGGCCUUUGCUUGAAAGCGUCAUUACACAUGCACCUUAUCUCACAUGCCUUACAAUCUACAAAGGCAGUGAGCAAGCUUUAACUCGAGCCAUCCCAAAGCUUUGUCCGUAUCUUAUCUCCUUGACUCUAAGAUUGGAUGGGUAUAGAUAUGAUGAUCAUGUUUGGGACCUUUUAUUCCAGGGGCUUCCUCAGCUAAAGGAAUUCAACAUCACAGACGCAAUUUUGUCGACUAACACUCUUAUGGUCCUUACUCAGUUUUGCCCAAAGCUCGAGUCCUUUAAUACGGACGAUGACUGUAAGGUGUCAUCUCCAGGCAUCUCUUUUAUGUUAAAGAAAUGUCUUGCACUAAAAAAGCUCAGUCUGGAUCAGAGCUACGGUGUCGAUCUAUUUAAGCCUAUUACUAUUGCUGCGCCUACAAUCAACACUAAUAGUAACAAUAAUGGCAGCGGUGCUAUCGAGAAAAUUGCUCAGUAA